GCUCACGCCAGUCAAACGCGUCUCCUCGGCUCCUGUGGUAGGCAAUCACCACUCCUAGCAUCGACCUCGCGAUCGAUAAAAAAACCCGGCUGCUUCUCCAUAUAUACCACUCGAUCUCUGCCAGACGAGACUACUACCAGUCACCAGCAAACCAUAGCGCGUCUCCUUGCAUCCAUUCCAUCCUCGCGCGCCAUUGCUGCUGUUGGCUAGAGCACACAAAGCCCGUGCCUAUGGCCGCCACCUCAUCACAGGCUGCAUCGUCUGGCAGUACUGCCACGGCCGCCAUCGGCGAGACGAUCGUUGGGUCGCACCUGUUGAAGAUCGACGGCUUCUCGGCAACCAAGGAUCUUGGCGUCGGCAAGAGCAUCAAGUCCAGCACAUUCAACGUCGGAGGGCAUACCUGGUACAUCGAGUGCUAUCCUUGCGGUGCCGAUGAGGAGAGAGCCGGUUGGGUAACCCUCUUCCUGUGCCUCUCUGCUCAUAAUAAGGAACAAGUCGAGGCAAAAUGCUUGUUCACUUUUACGGAUGAUGUUGAAGUUGAAGACCGAGACUAUUAUCGAAGCGCCUACGAGCACACCUACAACGCAGAGAAUUCAAGGGGCUGCGGUAUUGUUGUCAUCGAAAGGGCGGAACUGGAGUCGCUCCUGAAAGACGACUGUUUCCAGAUAAGAUGCGAUGUUUCCAUUGUCAGGGAGUUUCCUGCUAUGCCACCGCCGGACCUGCAUCGACCUCUUUGCUACCAGAAUGCCUGAGGAUCUGAGAGGACUACCAGGCCCAUCUGCCGGCGCCAGCGGUAGCACCGCGCGGAGCGUCUCUUCCGUGUCGCACGUCCUGACCAUCGACGGCUACUCCAAAACCAAGAAGAUGUUCUGCCCCGGCGACUCCAUUGAAUCCGAAUACUUCGGGGUCGUCGGAGGGCACCCCUGGUACAUCCAAUUGUACCCAAGCCGCGUAAAAGAGGAUGACGAUAUUUUAUUAUCUGACUGAGGCAAAGGCGUUUCUAUCUCUGUUCUCUUCUAAUGUGCUACUACUGCAUAAUUUUUAUUUUGGCAUUUUAUUAUCGAUGCUAUAUGGUAUACAUUUAGCAGCAUGCACCUCCUCUCCUACUUUGAGACACAUUUUGUAAUCAGUAGCGUUUUAUAUAAUAUAUAUCAGCCAAUGUUAUGUUCCAA